ACUACAUCGUCAGCCCAAAAGAGCCCUCCCAUCCAAAUACCAUUCAUAGUCACACCUAAGUUGCUUUCACAAAGAAGUUUAAGAAAUUCAUUAAUAAAUAUUGAAAAUAAAAUGGGAGAAAGCAUGCAUCCUUGUUUAACGCCUUUAUGAAUUGGAAAUUCCUUAGUCAUAUUUUCCCCAAUUUUUACUUUAGAUUUAACGUUGUCAUAUAGUGAACUAAUGAUUCUCCAAAUUUUGUCCUCUUAUGCCUGCAUCCCACACACUGUCAAAUGCUUUUCGGAAGUCCAGGAAGGCUAGAUACGUAGUUUUAUUAUAACUGCUGAAUGAAUUUGGUCACUGCAGCAUGAAUUUGGUCACUGCUGAAUGAAUUUAGUCAAUGCUGAAUUAAUUUGGUCACAGCAGCAUGAAUUUGGUCACUGCUGAAUGAAUUUGGUCACUGCUGAAUUAAUUUGGUCACAGCUGAAUGAAUUUUGUCACUGCUGAAUGAAUUUGGUCAAUGAAAGUUUAAAAAAAAGUCACUGCAUUAUGUAUUUGGUCACCGCAGCAUAAAUUUGGUCACUGCUGCAUUGAAUUUGGUCACUGCUGAAUGAAUUUGGUCACUGCUGAAUGAAUUUGGUCACUGCUGCAUUGAAUUUGGUCCAUGCUGCAUUGUAAUGCUCACUGAAGGCACUCCCGGCGUUCCAUACAGGAGGAGCGAGAUGUCGCUGCAGCCGAUCAUUGGUUGUCGUUUGUUAUUCCUUCGAACCAUUUGUAAACAUUGCUUCUCUCCAAAUAGAAUCAGGAAACCUACAUUCAUAUAUACCUGCAAAAUGACAACAUUUCGAGUUGAACAAGAUGGAUUUGGGGAGCUUCAAGUUCCAGAAGACAUGUAUUACGGUGCCAACACUGCACGCUCACUCCUAAACUUUGACAUCGGUGGAGAAAGGGAAACAAUGCCUCUUCCAUUAAUAAAAGCUUUUGGAAUUCUCAAGAAAGCAGCAGCUUGUGUAAAUAAAGAGUUUGGCCUUGACCAGGAAAAGGCCAAUUUUAUCAUGGAUGCCGCAGAUGAGGUAGGCAAGUUGCUAGCUUGGUAG